AUGCUUAUUAGAGGAACGUUUGUGCAAUGCCCAAAACUCGGAGAGUUGGUGAUCUUGAGUGAUUGGUUAGCUGCUGUUGAUGACUCUGGAUACAUCACGCACUUUGAGAAUGCAGAAUCCUCGACGUCUUUAGAGCUUCAACGCGUACGAACUGCGCUCAUUUUGCCACUUGGAACUUUUCUCCUUCCACCAUUCAACGAUUUACAUCUCCACGCACCGCAAUUCCUGUAUCAGGGUACGGGCUUAGACCUGCCUCUCCUCGAAUGGCUACAUCAAUACGCGUUCAAAGCGGAGGAGAAGCUCGACAGUGACCCAGUGUUGGCGCGAACAGUGUAUCGCAGGUUGGGUCAACGACUAGUCAAGGCGGGUACAGGCGCAGUAUGCUUGUUUGGAACGUUGAAAGGGGAUACAAAUAUGAUUUUAGCGGAAGAAAUGCAGUCGACCGGAAUACGGGCAUACGUUGGAAAGGUAUCUAUGGAUAUAUCCUCUCGGCCUUCGUACAUCGAAGCUUCUUCAUCAGCUGCCGUCGACGCUGCCAGGGCAUUCGGCGAAAAACUAGAACAAACUUAUUCAGUUACGUCUCAGUCCCGCCCUUCACUCGUUCAUCCAGUCAUUACACCUCGCUUUGUGCCUACGUGCUCCGAUGAGCUUUUACACGGGCUCGGUGCGCUUUCAGCAGAAAAAGGAUGGCGUAUUCAAAGUCACAUGGCUGAAUCGAGCGACCAGGUCGAGUGGGUAAGAAAGGAAAGAGGGGAAGAUGAUAUCCAUAUUUUCAAAAAGCACAACCUCUUAACAUCACGUACCAUCCAAGCCCACUGUACAUUCAUCUCAUCUUCUUCACCCCCGUCCUCCAAACCGUUCGUCGACUUACACGCCCUCGGAACUGCCAUCGCCCACUGUCCCCUUUCCAACAUAUACUUCUCCGCCUCGCGUGCAUUCCCCCUCCGCGAAGCUCUUGAAGCGCAAAUCAAAAUCGGUCUCGGAACAGACAUCGCAGGAGGAUAUAGCUUGGAUGUUAUGUCAGCCAUGAGAAUGGCUGUGGCUGUUUCGAGGAUCAGAGAAGGCGAAAGAGUGCGGACGGUCUCGUCAGAUCACGGCAAGAGCCUGGCCAUUGACUGGAAAGAGUCGCUGUUCCUUGCUACUCUCGGAGGAGCUCAAGCACUCGGGAUCGAUUCCGGGAUAUUUACAGUUGGAGCACCAUUUGAUGCUCAGCAGAUUCGGUUAUUUGACCCGAGAUCGGGAAUUGGAGCAGGCGCGCUGGAUUUCUUCGAGUUGGAAAUGGUAGUCACUAAAUGUCAUGAAGAAUCUUACAAAAAGCCCGAUCUCACCGAGGAGAUGAUCGAAAAGUGGUGGUGCAUAGGGGAUGAGAGGAACCGAGAGGCGGUGUGGGUUCAAGGUGUGAAGAUAUUUGGAUAG